AGCAUCAUUGUACUGCCAUCCGCGAUGACGCAAGCAGAGGACAAGCGGACAUCCAGCGUUGAGAACAGAGAUGACAUUUUUGACCAUGCGUACAGGGAAAAAGAAGGCCCCAAACCCCCCAGAAAAAUUGUGUGGAAAAAUGUCAUCUUGAUGGGUCUGCUGCACACAGGAGCAGUGUACAGUCUGCUCCUCAUCCCCUCAGCAUCUGCUCACACCUUGAGUUGGUCUGUAUUUUGUUUCAUGUUCAGCGCUUUAGGAAUCACUGCCGGAGCUCAUCGCCUGUGGAGUCACAGAUCCUACAAGGCCUCAUUACCGCUCAGGAUCUUUCUUGGUUUAGGGAAUUCCAUGGCGUUUCAGAACGACAUCUUUGAGUGGGCUCGAGAUCACAGAGUUCACCACAAAUACUCCGAGACAGACGCCGACCCCCACAACGCUAGCCGAGGCUUCUUCUUUGCUCACAUUGGCUGGCUUCUGGUGCGCAAACACCCUGAUGUUAUAGAAAGAGGUCGUAAGCUGGAUCUCAGCGACCUGAUGGCUGACAAAGUUGUGAAGUUACAAAGAAAGUAUUACAAGCUGUCGGUGGUGCUCAUGUGCUUCUUGGUGCCCACGGUGGUGCCUUGGUACGUGUGGGGCGAGUCCCUGUGGGUGGCCUACUUCCUCGCCACUGUGCUGAGGUACACCUUGGUGCUGAAUGCCACCUGGCUGGUCAACAGCGCAGCUCAUAUGUGGGGAAACAGGCCCUAUGACAGGACCAUCAACCCCAGAGAGAACGUGUUUGUCGCCUUCAGCGCCAUAGGUGAGGGCUUUCACAACUACCACCACACCUUCCCCUACGACUAUGCAACCGGAGAGUUUGGAUGGAAAUUGAACUUUACCACUUGUUUCAUUGACUUGAUGUGCUUCUUGGGCCUGGCGAGGGACUGUAAGAGAGUGAGCCACGAUGUGCUCGUGGCUCGGGUACAGCGGACCGGAAACGGAAGCCACCGGGCCGGCUAACCCUGAACUCUGACCGGCUUCCAAAAACAUCCAAGGAAAGUCCUCAGCGCCAUGUUUCGCUCACUCCAAAGUUAAUUGACUUCAGCAAGGUUUUGACCACCAUUUGCUCACUUUUUUUUUUGUAGUUCUGACUAAAUUGCUCAAGGUGGAUUAAAGAAAAAAGUCUUUGCACAUUUUGCGGAGACUUGAGCCUCAGUUCUGAGACAAGGUCGUGCAGUGAUCUAAAUUAUUGUAUCAUCAAAGUUUGCAAGAAAUUCACUUUAAUAGCCAACUUGACUGUGAUCACAUGGAGUUAAUAAUUUCCUGUAACUGUGAAUCAGUUAUUCAGAAUCAAAGAGAACUAGAGCGGUGAACUCCAGAGGGUCUGAGUUUCAGCUGGUUUUUGAGGAGUGUUGCACUUUACAUCUUUGUUAGAAAUGAACUUUUGUUAUUGUUGUGGGGGAAAAAGCACGAGUGUGUGAGAUGAAAUGCAGAAGUAAUACUUGAUAGCAGACUGAGGAAACCCGGAUAUUCUUCCCAUCACGUGAUGAUAGUCCUCUCCAGUGUAGCAAUGCUGAAAUUAUACUUCAGACUCCGGUUUAGGCACUGAUGUCAUCAAAGCCGUACCGAGAUCAGCUAGUAUGACCAGCAGUCACACCACAAGGUGGAAGUUGUGGAUCCGAAUCGAAAUGUUCCAGGAGUCAUCAUCCCUGAUAAAUGCUCAGAGCAGCACGACGUCAGCUCACUGCACCAACUGUAGGCUUUAAAUUAAUUGGAUGUAGACAACGUAUUGUAAUGAAGGAAAAGAAUGCAGUGGAUUAGAACAUUUGGAGCUACAACUUUAGUGAUGUAAUUCCACAAAACCUGUUUCGUUGUUUACUCGUAGCCUGUGUUGUCCAGAAAAUAUUCCCACAGAAGAGCCCAAAUUGACUCUUAAUGGUGCAAAAUGAACAAAAACUGUCCGGGUGUUGUGAGGACAGAAUACAAUAAAGAUGCCAUUCAAUACUUUGUGACGUUGUUGGCUUUCAUUAAGACUUUCCUGAGCCUUUGGAAACUUCUAGGCAUCUAUCCU